CGGACGACUUAGCGUACUUUGACCAACAAUUCUUUAAAAACCUUUCGUAAGAUUUAAAUGAGGUCUUCGCCUUUAGACGCAUAAUUAUGGAUCCUGAAGCUACGCAAGGAAGUACUUCGGGCUAUGCGAAAAGUAUAUCUUUGCCUGAGGUGUUUCGAAAUCUAAAAAACGCUAAGAUAUUUGCAGUGGAUAUUGGUAUGUUCUGUACAGUUUGUCGAACGUAACGCGCUUGUCAAAGGUCACAUGAUAAACUGUCCGGUUUCUUUUGCAAAGAUUCUUGCUACAACUGUGUAAAAAAUGGCUGAAACUUGACCUUUCUCCUUCCAGCUUUUCAAUUUUGGGCUGUAUCUUAUCUAUUGUGCAUUUGUCAAUAUGUAUCCGACAGGUGGAUCUCUUGCGAAGGUGGCAUACAUGUCAGAAGUGAGGUACAUCAGAAAGCGGCAUUACAGCUUCACUAACAAAAGUGAUGAUGAAGACCAGGAGAGAGGGGUAUAAGAUACAAUUUUUAAAUUGUUUGUCUUUAUGUCUUUAGAGGUGUUUAUACUAGAGAACUGUUUACUAUAAUAAAAUUGUUGAUUAAACAGUCAGGCAAGCAGGAUUCAUAUUUUCUUGGGCUAAUCGUAAUUGCUGUAAAUCUUCCCAGUCAGACAGAAGUCCAUCAUCUAUGCAUAUCUACGAGAUCAAAGAUGACCAAGAGUCCAACCUCAGAUUACACUUUAUCAAGUUUGAAACAAAGUACAUAGAGAUGUGUGUUAAUUUUAUUCAAGAAAACAUCCUAUCUGCUGUCAGCAAAGAUAGGGCUUUGAAAGCCACGGGUAGGCUGCCUUCAUUUUCUUUAAUUUUUAAUAUAAAUUCCAAAUUAAUUUAACAUUGACCAAGUCAAUUCAAUCAGUUUGAUGACAGCUUAAAAUAGAAUAUAAGAUUCCUUAAGAUAAGCUGUCUUAAUUAUUUACCCAGUUAAAAUGAUCAGUGUCAAAGACUAAUAACAAAAGAAAAAUAAAAUUAAAAAACAACAACAACAAAAAUUUAAACAAAUUAAAAAAUAAAAAAAAUUUAAAAAAAGACCUUUGUAACAGAUACAUAUGCUAGUGACAGAUACAUAUGGGAUGGACUUCUUAUCUCUCUGCACACAAGACCUGAUAAGUUUGAAAAGUCACCUUUAUGUACAUAAUGGACCAAAUGUUUGUUUUUUUUCCCUCUUAGGUGGUGGAGCUUACAAAUAUAUGGAUUUACUUACAAGUAAACUUGGCCUCAGGUGGGAAAUUGGAUUAAGUAAGGAUGGGAGAAAAAGAGAGAGAGAAUGGGUGAAUGGGAAGGGGGUGAAUGGGAAGGAAGUGAAUGGGAGGAAGUGAAGGAGGGAGGAGGGAGGAAAAUAUGGGAAUAGGAUCAGAGGGAAGGAGGGAGGGUGAACAGAUGAAUGGGAAGGGGAAGGAAGGAGAUGGAUGGGGGAGGAAGAAGGACUGGAGGGUUGGCAGAAAAAUAGGAGGGAGUAAGAGUAGAUUUGUUGAAUGGGUAAAAGUUUGAGAGGGAAAUGAGGAAGAGGAGCAAGGACGUGGGCAGGGGUUGGGAUGUGAAAAGAUGGGUGGGAAGGAAAGGGAAGGGGAAUGAGAAAGAGGAAUGAAGUAAUGCAUGGUAGGUAGAAGGAUAGAAGUCAGGGAAGAAGGGAAAUAGAGAGAAAAGGCUGAACAUGAUAGUGGGCAAAGAGAUGGAAGGGGGAAGAAGUUUCGGGUAGAGGUGCGAAGAUGGGGAAGGGAAAGAGGAAAAUUUGAGGAGCAGGAGAAGACAAGGAGGGAGAUUAUAAUUUUGGGCAGGAAAGAGGUAAGAGCGGAAAGGAAUGAAGAGUAGAUAUCGAAGGGGAGGGGUCAAUGUGAAGAUGAGCAGAAGAAGGAGAGAGAUAGAGAGAGAGAGAGGAAAUUAUCCAGUAGUUAAGCUAUUGUUUAUUUGUAAGUCAUUAAAAUGUAGUAUCUAUUUGUUAGAGUUGACAAAGAGGACGAGAUGGAAUGCCUCAUCAGAGGUGGAAACUUUCUUCUGAAGAACAUUUCUUACGAAGUGUUUGAGUUUCAUCGAGACCAGAAUCCUCCAUAUGUCUUCCAAGUUCUUGAUCAUUCGGAAAUAUUUCCUUACCUUCUGGUUAAUAUUGGCUCUGGAGUCAGUAUAAUAAAGGUAUUUUACCUUUAAGGUGACGCUACACGAUCGCAAUAUCGACACCGAUUGUUAUGGAAACCUUUUUGGAUCAAUGUCAGCAUCUGAGCAACUGUUUUCCUACCCCUCCCCUGACCCAAAAACACUCAACUGAUAACAGGUGAGGGUUAAUGUUCGGUUAGGGGAGGGGUAGGUGUAAAGUUGCUUAGAUGCUGACAAUCCACGAUUUCUGAUGCAGAAUUUAGUUUUGACUUCUUGCGAAUCGGAACGCGAAAUGCAAAAGUUCUUUUGACAUUGCUAUACGAUAAAACAUUACUGUAUUUAAUUGCACAACUACCUGCUUACAAGUUAAAAUGUUUUCAAUCUGUAUUUCCAGGUAGAGUCUGAAAACAAGUAUGAACGAGUUGGUGGAACAAGCAUGGGCGGAGGAACCUUUUGGGGCCUGGGUUCGCUUCUAACGAGUGCCAAGGUACAAGAGACGCAUUUAACUACCGCGAAACAUAAGACAGAGAGCGGUGCUGAAUUGAAUUCAAUACGCUUUUGAAACUUAAUUUUUAAACUAUGUAUCACCCAUUUGUUUAUUUUAUUGCAAAUGGAUUUAGCUUAAAAAAUGUUAGGCUUUGGGUCGAGUCCUACCAAUUUACUGCCUUUGUUUUGUCGUGUUUUAUUUGUUGGUUGGUUGGUUUUGUUUGUCUGUUUGUUCGUUGAUUUUAUUCUGUUCGGCGUCUUUUCCUUUUUUCAGUUUUGUUUGAACAGAAACAAAAACUAUCACUAACUACUGGAUAACGUUCCUUCGAUUUGCAGGGUUUUGAUGAGUUACUAGAGCUUGCAACCAAAGGCCAUCACCAAAGUGUGGACAUGUUGGUACGAAUUGCAGUAUUUUCUCUAUUUCUCACAGCAUGGUUGCUCUUCUCUCGAAGGAACAGAAAAAUUUCUGAUUUAGUAUCGAAAGUUGCUAGGAUUUUGCAGCUAUGUGCUUUGUGAUGGGCCCACAAAACUCGCGUCAUCUCGACAACCAAUCAGAUGCAAAACUAAAACCGAUCGUCAUGAGGUCAUCCGCGUUUUCCCGCGCUUGAGGUCGCUUGCAUUUUCUCAUUGGUUUAUUGUAAUGCUCAGCUCUGUUUUGAUUGGCUGUAGUGUUUACCUUGGUUUUCCUAAUACGACACUCAGCGAAAAAUCUUCUCGUUGAGGCUUAAUGAACAAUUAUUUUGUAGGUGAGAGACAUCUAUGGCGGAGCUUACGACGCAUUAAAGCUUCCAGGAGACUUAACUGCGAGCAGUUUUGGCAAAACGGUCAGGUCACCGAGAGAUGAUCAAGACAGUGGUUUGUUCAAACUUCAUUACAGUUUAGAUCACUUUUUGUGAAUCGCACUUAGAUCGACAACUGUUGCUAAGUCGCCAUGUGAAAUGGUUUUAAGAUAUCCUUGGAAAACGUGUCCUUGACUGUAAUAAUUACAUUUCUCCUAUACAAAGACUCUACCGUAAAUAUCCGCUGAACUCAAGAAAUGCAAGCGCAGGUCAAACGAGCGUUUAUUCGAUUUGUGCCUGCCUUUAUAGCCUUCAGCGUAUAUUUAAUACAAUGGCUCUGACGAAGGGCUAACGCUCGAAACGUCAGCCUUUUAACUCUUUAUGGUGGCCAAUUUACGUUCUCAACUCAGUUGUUAACACUAAAUUACCUAUUUACUAGACAGCCUCCCAGGAAGAGAAAGAGGUUACAAAUUUUCCACCUUCAGCGCUGAUUGGCUGUUUUCCCGUGCUUAGAUCGGUUUGGACGCGAUUUUCCGGCGUUUUUUCCAGACUUGAUAAGGGAAAGCUAUUAGUAUUAACACUUUUUUGUCAAAUUACCUAAAAACUUCUUUGUGACAUCUCUUUUCGUUUAGCUACCAAGUUCGCCGAGGCAGAUAUAGCAAAAAGUCUUCUGCAUCUAAUUUGCAACGACAUUGGGCAGGUUUGUUGAAACUACCUUUAACCUGACAGUAAGAGCAUUUUUCACGAAAUUCGGGCAGAUCUAAAGCUUUGAAUAUUUUUGAUAAAAGAAAACUUUCUCUAACUGUUGAAUCCAAUGAUUAUUCAAGAACUGACCUAUUUCUCCUUUGCCCUGACGAAGGGCUAACUGGCUCGAAAAGUCAACAGUAGAAACUAUUUACGGUAGCCAAUUUACAUCUGCAACUCAGUUUAUAAAACCAAAUUAUCUAUUUAUCAAAUAACUUUAGAAUUCUCAUCAAAAUUGUGUAGCGGAAGAAAAGUUAAUUUUUUUUAUAAUUUUAACGAUGCAGACAUCUAAGAGAAUUUCUAGAUAAUCUUUUCAUCCCCUCCUUCACAGGUUUAUGAGUCGAGGACUCUUUGUUAAGCUUCAGUUUUCCUUUAAAAGAAAAUACAAGAACUGCAAAGGUUGUCCUUGAUCGACUCCAGCACUUACGGAGAAAUUAUUACUUUGUCUUUUCAUUUCAGAUUGCCUCACUUUAUGCGAAACUUAACGGCCUCAAGAGACUUUAUUUUGGCGGAUAUUUUAUCAGAGGGAACCCCGUGACGAUGCACUCCAUAUCUUAUGGUAUAAAUUACUGGUCAAAGGUAGGUCAACCGUUAACAACCUAACAUCAGAAUGCAUAUUCUCCACACUGUUCUCUAUACAUUCCUAAGGUGCUAACAAAGAGAAUUUGUUCAACAAUCAAGAGCCUCUUUAGCUGGUAAUCAUUUUCUUUAUUCUUAUGAUCUUCACGAAUGAUUCAGCUGUAUACUGGUCGCUCUGAGGGUUUAAAUGGUGAAGGAACAUGAACAAAUACUUGGCACUUACGUAGCGGAUAACGUUCUGAAAGUCGGGGUUAGGGAUCUGAAUUUGACCCUGGGCGGGGUCAUUGUGUCGUGUUUUUGGGCAAGGCUUUUUUCUCUUGGUCCUUCGUUCCAGGUAGCAGGCUUAAAUGAUACGAAAUUAGUGAUGGCAUGACACAGAUUGAUGCUGUAUCCCGUGGAGGAAUCGAAAUACUCGUUGCUAUCGCCUGCUUUAUACCUGGAAUUAGUCGAGCAAAUUUGAAAUAUGUUGAACACGUAACCAACCCGAAUUUUGCAUUCUACAGAAAGUGACGUUCAUGUAAAGGCUUGAAAUCUUUUUGGGACAUUUUGGGAAAAGCUGUUUUGUGUUGUUUUAGGGAAGUCAAAAGGCGAUGUUUCUGAGGCAUGAAGGAUAUCUCGGGGCCAUAGGAGCGUUUCUUAAAGGAGUAGAAGAAGACGGUAAGAUUAGUUAAUUGAUUAAACAAUAUUACUAUCUUCAAUAUGUACAGGACCUGCUAAGGUCGUGGUAGGCCCAAAAACUCAUCACACCGAGUGGUGAGCACCCUAACCGGACUCUGGAUUGAAAGGGUCUGGGUUCUAACCCUGCUCGGGUUAUUGGGAUAGGCCCUUUUCCUCCCAUAGUGCACUUCUCCACCUACAAAUAUAAAUAGGUACAUGCGAAUUUUUUUUAACAUGGACAUUCGUUACUAUAUUUGGCCGCUCUGGAAAAACUUGAAAUUUGAGUGAGGAUCAUCGAGGUCUUGGCAAUAACUGAAAACUGAACAAAUAAGAAUCGGAGAAUUUUCGGAAAUCUAACAUAUGAAUUCAGGGGUAACGUAUGCUUCGCUGCCAUCGGCCUUCAAUUCUAAUUUUGUUCUUUUAGCUGACGUCAAUUUAAGUAAUCUGAAUGUAUUGACGUGGCGAGAGAAUUACGCAGGCAGCUCAGGAUUACCUUCUGUGAAAUUACCCUCCGAUCUGCUCAACUCUCGGAUCUCUGAUGGAGCCAUGGUAAGAAACGAAUCCAUAAAACCGUCUUACAUUGUCGUAGUUAGAACUGAACUAUCACUUCAUGGAAAUCUCGAGAUCUUAAAGAUGUUAAAUUUAUUUAAGUUGCUUAACAUAUUGUAAACUGAAAUGAGCUUCGACAGAAUAAACUACUCAGUUCGUGUGUAAGCUUAAAUUUGUUAACUUUUGUUUGUAGUAAAAAAAUCAUGUGUGAUUUAGUUUGCUUCAUUGGGUACUCAAACAGUCACCAACUGGUGAUGAUCCACAAUCGAUUAUGACUUAGUCGCGUGUAUUUUCCAGAAGUCUUUUUUUUUGCCACUUUAAUUAAAAAAACUUUACACUCGGCUAUAGGGGUGAGACUUGAAUGAAUGUUUAAUUAUUAUUUUGAAUUGUUCAUUUUGUUGUAUAGUUCAUAAAUUAAUUUGAUGAUAUAACGCGCAGGUAACAUUUAUGUGAAAGACUAACCUAAUUUUCAUGAGCCUUCCUUGAUAAUUCAUUCAUUUAUUUAUUUAUUUAUUUUUUAGUACGAUGUUUUAGAGAUGGACCAAUUUUCUCACACGCUAGUUCCAUUCCCUCUCCUCUCCUCGCCCAGCGACUACUUUCCUGAUACACAAGACCUCACAGUUGACACAGAUGCGCGGGAAUACUGGCUCAGCUGUUUCGAGGACGGACUGGAGAAAGUAAGCUUUCUUCACUUUGAAUUAAUUUAAUUUAGUUCACUUCCUAGUCUCUUAGUGAAGUAGUGGACAACGCAUUCACUGCAUUUGCCGCUUGCAUCUUCGGAUAAUUUUUGUUGACUUAAUCCAAAAUUUUUCAACACGGCCCUUUUUUAGUGGAGUUAAUUUGCCGAUAACUACGGGCGUGGCUAAUUUUCAUGUUUCUCUUGUAAUUUUAUCAGGUUGUUGCACGCGCCGUAGCAAGCCAGCCAGACUCUCCAGACGCUAGAGAAAGAGCAGAAAAGUUUCGGAACAAAUUUCGACUUCGCCUCAAUGUUCUCAAGGAGCAACCCGCGUGAGUUAUUUUCCUAGCAUACUCAAAUGUCACCUGAAUUGAUUCCCCUGGACUAUAGCAAUGAUCUAUUUUCCUCGGAAAAAUUGGGUACAUUAUUCCUUGCCCAGCAAAACCAACAUUAGAAAUUCUAAUUCAACUUGGAAUCAGUAAAGGAGAACAACACCUCGUAAGGUCUUUAUUUUCAUUGUUUAUUUCAUACACUGCUAAUUAACACCUGACUCGCUAUACAGUAUUCAGUCAAAUUCAAUUUAGGUUUCCUCAUGAUAUUUACCUCUUUAUUCACUGCCAUUGCUAUUCUUGGAAUAGUUUGUGGGAAAAUGUAGAUCCCAGCCCUUUGAAAAUCGCCCAGUCCUUUCCUCUUCCAAUAAUGGGUGAAAAAGUUGCCUUAAUACUAUAAUGGAAAGCGCAAUUUGACGUACGCGUGACACUCUUUGUCACAAGGGCCCACAUUCGUGUGACACACUUGCGUGACACUUUUUCCUUUACAGCGCCUAUGGAACGUUGAAUGUACGAAGUUUAUUAGACGUGAGAGAACAAUACCUGAACGAGUUCAGCUUUCCUGAUCCGUAUGCAGAGGUAGCUAUUAUUUCACUUCAUGUGGCCAUUGUUCAUCAGGCAAUUUGCUAUUGAGCAAGGGUUCCGCUUAUUUUGCUUUUUUAAAAUUUUUUUGCGCCGUUUUAAGUCGAGUGUCUCAAAACCAAAGCAAGGUGAUCACAACGACCAAUCACAUGAAAGGAAAAUACUCCUAAGAACCAAUGAGAACUCAAAGUAGAAUCAAGCAAGCUUCCCAAAGCGCGGGAAAACGCGGGUGACCAAGUCGUGAUUGGUUUUAGUUUUGCAUUUGAUUGGUUGAGAGAGUGGCGCAAGUUUUCUGGACCAAUAACAAAGCGAAAGAAAGCAAAACCAAUGCAAUCUCGGUUAACUUUCGAAACUCGAUAGAAACCUGUUCAAAUGGACGAGCGCUCGUUUCCCGCUUUUUCCUGCGUCCACUGACGUUGGUUUUCCCGCUUAUUUUGACGACACAUGUUUUCCACCUUCUACGAGGGGCGCGUUUUUUCCCGCCGUGUUGAUCGGAAGUGGUAUUUUUCCCGCCUUUUUGGACGAGCUCUUGUUUCCCGCCCUUUUCGAGAUGUCACGCGUUUAUUUUUCCUCCCUUUUAACUUGCAGGUGAAACAAGAAGAAAACGAGGCAGCACUUCUUCUGCUCUCUAAAAGACUUAAGGAAUUGGACGCUCUACCAUGGGAACAGCGACAAAUUGCUCUCAUUGAAGGGAUCAUAGCUGGAAAUGUUUUUGACUGGGGUGCCAAGGAAGUCUCAAAGUAAGAGUGGGAACCCUUGUUUACUACAAUGUACUUUGAUAUUUGGUUUUGAUAGCAAGGUUUUCAAAAUGAGAAUGAAGAAAGCCUAGAAUUCUUUUUCGUUUUGUGGACCAUUGUCACUGUUCUGCACUUGCUUGCCGCUCUUUAAAAGCGUUUUUAAGCAAUGCCAUUACAAACGUCUACUUGUUAAAUUUGUACUACUCUCAAAUUUAUAAUUUACUUGCAAGCUGAACCAUUUUUUCUGUACUAGACUCACGCCUUGGUCCUUCGAAAAACAGAGCUGAAAACAAUUUGAAAAUGCCAAAUUCUCUCUUGAAAUCAGUGUGGUUUUUUUUAAUUCCUAAUUACCCGCUUCCAGAUGACUCCUCCUUUAUUUUAAGGGCUCUACGGGGAAAAGGAAAGCACAGGAUUGAGAUGUUUGUAUUUAGCAGCUCUAAUUGCUUUCCAACGAUCAUUUAACAGGCUCAUGGAAAAAGGAGAACUCGACUUCCACUCAGCGAUGAAAAAACUACAAGGUACGCAAACAGAAGUUGUGAAUUUUAAAACUUCCUUUUUAUGUGCAGUAAAGUUUUAGUCGUAUCAGCUAUAGAUGAACGCCCACAUGCUACCAAAGAGAUCUGAGUAAGUUCCACAUCACGUUAAGCAUUACGUAAACCACGUUUCUAAUUUUUCUCUGCUGUAAUCUCUCAGCUCGACCAUGGUUAAAAGAUGACCUCGAUACUUGGAUUGAAAGGUCAAAGGUCAGUUAGUUUUCAUUUGCAUUUUGCUCAUCUAACCAUUCCUCUCUCCUUCUCUUUCUCUUUCUUCCACACCGUCCCCGUCCGUUGUCCCCUGUCACGUUCCGUCUUUGCCUUCCUCUCCAUCGCCUCCCUAUUCCUCCCCCCCCUCGCUACUCUUCCUUCCCCGUUCUUCUCUCCUUCCUUUCUUUUGUACUUACUUACCCUUCCCCCCUUCUCCUCACUUUGCCCUCUCCUUAUCCUCCCUUGUUAUUCCUCCUUCCUUAUUCCCUCUUCUCCAAGUUGCCUCUCUCUUCCCCCCACAUAUUCUUUCGCAUACAAAUUCCCGUUAAGAAUUAAUUUUUUUUUUUCCUCUGACCAGGGUUCACCUCAUGAGCUGGCUGUCAUAUUUGUAGAUAACAGUGGAGUGGAUAUUAUUUUAGGGAUGUUUCCAUUUGUCAGAGAACUUCUCUCUCGUGGAACGAAGGUAAAACUUUUGCGUUUACAAUUACGAUAUAAUUUUGUUGUUGUUGUUGUUGUUGGCGGUGAACUAAAAAUGAUCUUCGCUUAAGGCUCUUAAGUUGACUAUCUAAGCGGGAGCGUCAGAAUAAUCUGAACAAAACUUCCCGAAUGCGUAACAAACGCGCAAUAAUUUUUAGACGUCCUACGCUUACCUUGCGUUCAAAUGUUGAAAGUGUUGGCAAGCUGAGCAGACAAGGGCGGAAUAUUAACUUUCCUUUCAAUUUCCAGUCUUCAGAUAAUAACUAUCUUUUCUUUUCUGCUUGUGUACUCUCAUAUAAUUUCGGAGAACUUUCUCUUCGUAUCGUCGUUAACUUGCUUUUCUGUUCAUUAGUGAUUCGUAUUUCUUAUUACAUGACGCGUGACAUGUUAUCGACUUUUUCGAUUAAGUUUUGCGUGACCUUUUUUUAGGUUGUCAUGGCUGCUAACUCUUAUCCAGCCUUGAAUGACGUCAUGCACAGUGAACUUGUGAUCUUGACAGAAAAAAUAGCAGAUUUAUGUCCAGAAAUAAGGUAAUGAAACAUCAUUUUUCCUCUGGCGAAAAGGAGAGAUAAUUUAAUAAUUCUGCAACUAUGUGCAUUGGAGAAGAUGGAGAGAGAUUGUUUGUUUUUUGUUCUGGUUUCUCGGUUCAUGUCCUGUCCCUUCUUUCUCUGCAAUUUAUAUUUUUCACUCGUCGCUUAUGUAGGAGGUUGAGGUGAAACAUAAUCUUUCGUCUCGCUUUUGUUUUUUUAUGGGUACUCAGGACUGCGCAUCGAGAAGAACGGUUAGUUCUUAUGGAGUCAGGAAUUGGAUCUCCGUGUUUGGACUGUAGGUAUGGUUUCUGUUUAACUCCAAGAAGAAAGACGUGAAAUAGUUCUACAACAAAGAUUUACCUUGAAUGUACUGUGAUGAGCCUGAAAACGCUAGAAGUGAACUACCGACUUUAUCUUCUUUUCAGGAGAGUGAACACAGAGCUUGCACUGAAGUGUAGAGAUGCGGAUCUCUUAAUUUUAGAAGGGAUGGGGAGGUAAGUCAUUUUGGUCUUUACUUGAACGUUGUUCCCAGGUUUUCUCUUUUUCACGCCUCAAGAGCGGUUAUGGUCACGUGUCCAGAGCAGUAAAAGGCGGCAGUGAGAAGUCCGAUUUUUACAGUUCUUUUGCUUUUCUCUCGCUUUCUUACUCUGCCUCUCUCUGUUUCUCUCGCCUCAAACAUUUGAAAGAGACCGUAGAAAACAAGUUGUUUCUCAUAAGUUGCAUUCUCUUUGAUGGAUUUCCUUUUAUCUUUGUUUUGGAGAGCGUUUAUAUCAAAAAUACAAAACAGUGGUAGCUCUUCAAAGCGGAUAACUCAGGACCCUUAAAAGUAUCCGUAGCAUUAUAAAAACUUUUUUUGUUUUUUUUAAUCUCCCUUUUAGAGCCAUCCAUACAAAUUACGACGCAAAAUUUACGUGUGAUUCAAUUAAGCUCGCUGUAAUAAAAAAUCGCUGGCUUGCUCAAAGACUUGGAGGAGAUAUGUACAGCGUGGUGUUCAGAUACGAGCAAGGACAAACAUCUUCAAUUUGAAGUUAUGGAAGCUGGAUGCUGUUCAUGAUAACAAUGGUGAUAGUACUUGGGUUGAUUUGGUAAUGGUAGUCACGACUAUGAUAAUGAUGAUGAUGAUGAUGAUGAAAAUUUUGAUUGAUGGUCAUAAACCCGGUGAUAAUGUUGACCUCGCCGAGAGUCGAGAAGUUAAUUGCGUGAGUAAAAUUGAUGAUAAUGCUGGUGGUCAUUACAACGGUGACCACGACGACAGUACACGUGGUGAUGGUGGUGUCAAAGGUACUGAUGAUGUUGAUAAAGGCGAUGAUUAUUUCAUCGACUCUGGUGAUGAUGGAAACUGCAAUAAUAAUGAUACUAAUGAGCGUGAUGACGAAAAUGAUGAUAACGACGAUAGCGACCUAGACGAUAGAGUGGUUAGGGCAGGGCAACUCAAGUAACUCUUCCCCGUUCCCCACCCACUCCUUCGAACUUUUUGCUCUCGUGUCAAUCAUUGCGCGGCCAUAAUGCGAGAAAUAUCUUCGUUUGUGCGGGAGCGCGCGCUAUACAGGCUAUGAUGAUAACGAUGAUGGUGGUUACAGUGACUCUGAAGAUAGUUAUCAGUACUAUAAUGAAAAUGAUUACAGAACGAUAUUACGAUUAUUACACUUAGGUUUGAGAGGACCCUGAUCUGUCAUGGGUGCGGUUUCCCACCCCCCUCCUGCUUCAAGGUUUUGAUCCACCUUUGAUAAACUAUGAGAAACUGAUAACGAGUGAUCAUAGUCAAUCAUAUCAAAAAAGAAAUUUUAACGAUAAUAGUGAUUAAUUUUAAAUAACAUCAGCAAUUGAAGGCAUCGCUUCGAGAAUAGGGAGGAUACUGAAUAGAUAUGUGUAUGUAAAGGUUUUUAUACGAUGAGCUGAAAGAAGCACGCAUUUUGAUUGUUUCUUAUGACAUUUUGCUUUUUUAUCAUACAAAACAAAAAGACUCCAUGUAACUGUGGGUCUUUACAGUAAAAGACCAAAGAAGACUUCAAAACGCGGUAUGAACAUCAGUGCCACUGUUUAGUCUUAACCACUUUUGUUACGACUCUGUGAUCUAAUCCUGAACGGGCACACUGCAACAUGGGAAGCUAUUUGUUAAUUAGAAAGGAAAUUCCUUUGUUAGUUAAUUACUCCCUAUUUCAUAAGUUGUAUUUUAGAGGAGUGUAAAUGUCGGGUGAGUUUUAGAAAGUAGAAUCAAAACAGGUGUUUGGUAUCUGUCGAGGUAAUUUUCAGUGAGAUGCUGUAUUCGAGUUAUGUAGAUUAGAUAGGUACUGGAGAAAGCCUGAGUUUUUUGUAAAUACUAUACCAAGACAGACUUACUCUACACUAAAUUAAUUGUCAAAAACAGAUACUGGCGAUAAACCUGCGCAAUGUGCUUUUCAUUUUACGCUCCCCACGUGAAAGAAAUUUGGCUCUAUAAAAUAUACAAUUAAUAUGCAGAUUAUCAACGCACUAAUUAUGAGAAAACUUUCAGUAACAUUCAACCUUUACACCCUAACAUUAUUACGCAUAUACUCCAUACUGUUCACAAUACGUUUCCUUUUGCACUGACAAGGAGAAUUUGUUAACAAUCACCAACCUUUGAAGAUAGCAAUAGUUUUCUAUCUUUUAAUGACUAAUUUUUGAUUCAGCCGUGAUAUUGUCAUAAAAAAUUAGGUGAUUGUCAAUCGCAAUGUUUACGUGUUAAGGCUCAAAUAAAGAAUUUUUCCACAUAGAUUGGCAUUACCAGUUCAAUUCACAUGUUUCAGAAAAAUAAAUUAAGAAAUACUCUUAACAGUCAUCACACUACAGAU